AAACAUUGAUUACUAGUGGAGUUUAGUUUACUUAGAGUUGAAAGAUAUUACUGUUUGUCUCUGCACCCAUCCUCAAAAACUUCAUAGGAACACCAAACCACAACACUCCAACUAACUUGUCUCCUUCUCAAUUCUUUUAUUAUUUUAUUUUCACAUUCCAUCAUUACGAAUUAGACAUUUCUCCGAUUCAACUUAACUCAACUUACAUCUUUUCUUCUUUUACUUCAGAUUCAUAUAAUACUGAAUCUCACGAGUUUAAAUUAUAAUUCAAACAGUCACUGACUCAGUGAGUUUGAUAUGGCUAUCAUAACUCGCCAACCGAAACGCCCAACUGGGUUAUGGAUAAAGAUGACAGCUGUAACCAUUUUAGGUCUCUGCUUUAUCUUUGUUUGGACUGUCUUUUCUUCUUCAUCUUCUUCCUCUGUUUCUUUUCAAAGAGAAAGUUUUGAAGACAUUUCACAACCCAUUUCUUCUUCUUCUUCCAAUUCCAUUAUUUCUCAAAAACAAAAAACACCCAAUUCACUAAAUCGUCAAGUUGUUUCAAAAGAUCACAAAUUUCAUGAUACUGACAACAAAAGGGUUAAUGGGUCUUCUUCUGAUUCUCAUUCUCAUUCUGUCACGCGCCCACAUAAGAAAGAAGUGGCGCGUGAGAAGAAAAAAGUGCAUAAGAAGGAAGAUAAUGAUAAUAAUAUUAAUAAUAAAGAGAAUGUGAAUCAAGGGUCAUUGGUGAAAGAAGAAGAAGAUGGUGAAAAGGAAUUGGAUUUGGAGGAUAAAGAAGAAUUGGAAUUGGAUCAUCAUGAUAGUGAAGUUGAUGUGGAUCAUGAUGAUUCAGUUGAAUCUGUGGAUGGAGAUUCCGAGAUUUUGGAAGAUGGAAACAUUGAAGAGUUGAAGAAAACAACAAGCAAGGGAAAAGUGAAAGGACCUUUGUUUGAUCCAAAUGUUAACUAUAAGUGGAAAUUGUGUAGUACUAGAAGCAAGCAUAACUACAUUCCUUGCAUUGAUAUUGAAGUUGGUGGUGGAAAGGUGCAGGGUUACCGGCAUACGGAGAGGAGUUGUCCAAAGGCAUCCCUCAUGUGUAUGGUUCCUCUUCCCUUUGAUGGGUAUGAGACCCCUGUCCCAUGGCCUCAGAGCAAAUUGAAGAUAUUGUAUAAGAAUGUUGCACACCCAAAACUAGCUGCGUAUAUAAAAAGGCAUAGCUGGUUGGUCGAUUCUGGAGAAUAUCUUACUUUUCCACAAAACCAGUCUGAAUUUUUGGGAGGGAUUCAUCACUAUCUUGAGUCCAUUGAAGAGAUGGUACCAGACAUUGAGUGGGGUAAAAAUAUUCGUGUUGUCCUGGACAUUGGAUGUACAGAUUCAAGCUUUGCAGCUGCUCUCCUUGAUAAGGAUGUUUUAACUUUGUCGCUUGGCUUGAAAGAUGACCUAGUAGACAUAGCUCAGGUGGCACUUGAGCGCGGCUUCCCAGCAGUGGUUAGCCCUUUUGCUAGAAGGAGGCUUCCUUUUCCAAGUCAAGUUUUUGAUGCUAUACAUUGUGCGCGUUGCAGCAUACCUUGGCAUUCCAAUGGGGGUAAGCUUCUACUGGAGAUGAAUCGGAUUCUAAGACCCGGUGGAUACUUUAUUAUGUCAACUAAACAUGACGGUAUUGAAGAGGAAGAAGCCAUGACUGCGCUGACGGCUUCUAUUUGUUGGAAUGUUCUGGCACAUAAAAGUGAUGACGUUGGCGAAGUUGGAGUAAGAAUAUAUCAAAAGCCUGAAGGAAAUGACAUAUACAAAUUGAGAAGGAAGCAGAUCCCACCGCUUUGCAAAGAAAAUGAAAAUCCCGAUGCAGUCUGGCAUGUUCCAAUUAAGGCUUGUUUACACACCAUUCCAAUUGGAAUUGAACAACAUGGGGCAGAGUGGCCCGAGGAAUGGCCGAAGAGGCUCGAAUCUUAUCCCGACUGGAUGAACAAUAAAGACAAAUUGAUCGCGGACACCAACCAUUGGAAUGCCAUUGUUAACAAGUCAUAUCUCAAUGGAAUGGGCAUUAACUGGACAACUAUCAGGAAUGUAUUGGACAUGAAAUCCAUCUAUGGAGGAUUGGCUGCAGCUUUAUCUAACCAGAAGGUUUGGGUGAUGAAUGUAGUCCCUGUUCACGCGCCAGAUACACUUCCCAUAAUCUUCGAACGCGGCCUUUUUGGCGUUUAUCACGAUUGGUGUGAGUCUUUUGGAACUUACCCAAGAACAUAUGACCUUUUGCAUGCUGAUCAUUUGUUCUCGCGUCUCAAAAACAGGUGCAAGCAACCUGUGUCCAUUGUUGUUGAGAUGGACCGAAUCUUACGUCCGGGAGGGUGGACAAUCAUACGCGACAAAGUCGAGAUCCUAAAUGCAUUGGAGGAAAUAUUGAGAAGUAUGCACUGGGAAAUCAGAAUGACUUUCUACCAGGAAAAGGAGGGUAUCGUAUGUGCACAAAAAACUUUGUGGAGGCCUUAAAUCCUCUAUUUUAUGCAAUUUUUUGUAUCAUUGAUUGAAUUACCAUUAUAUUUUUUCCUUCAACUAUUACACACGAAUCAAUUGUUGAUUUUAAUCAAUUUAAUAUAUCAAAGGAAAAUGGAGUUUGUAACAAUUAA